ACAAAUCCAUAUUUGUUUUAAAAAAAUAAUAAAAGAAAAGGAAGAAACAGAAUUAACGGAUACACACAUAUAAUUCCACUACCGAUUUCCUCCCUCUUUCUUUCCCGCGUUUAUCUUCCUAUCAUCAAUUCCCUCUUUCCAUUCUCUACUUUUCAUUAUGAACUUUUUUGAUUCAUUCUUUGAUUGAAUUUCAACCGUCCGAUUCGCCGGAGAUUAUGGCUGACGGUGGUGAAACUUCAUCGGACGGUGGUGGUACUGCAGUGCCGGCGAUUUCUUUUUCGCCGAACAAAGGAGGAGAGAAGCCUAAGGAUAAAGAGAAAACUAGGGUUAGCAAAACAUCGGCGAUUUUAUGGCACGCUCAUCAAAAUGAUCCCAAUGCAGUUAGAAGACAUUUAAAAGAGGAUCGGUCUCUUGUUAAUGCUAGGGAUUAUGAUUAUCGAACUCCUCUUCAUGUUGCUUCUCUUCAUGGUUGGGUUGAUGUUGCCAAGUGUUUGAUUGAAUAUGGUGCUGAUGUUAACGCUCAAGAUCGCUGGAAAAAUACCCCUCUUGCUGACGCUGAAGGAGCCAAAAAGCAUGGGAUCAUCGAGCUUUUGAAGUCAUAUGGUGGUUUAUCUUAUGGUCAAAACGGGAGCCAUUUAGAACCAAAAGCUGUGCCCCCGCCUUUGCCAAACAAGUGUGACUGGGAGAUUGAUCCUACUGAGCUGGACUUUUCAAGUUCUUCACUGAUUGGAAAGGGGUCAUUUGGGGAGAUUUUGAAAGCCUUUUGGCGUGGCACCCCAGUUGCAGUCAAGCGUAUACUUCCAUCUCUUUCAGAUGACAGAUUGGUGAUUCAGGAUUUUAGGCAUGAGGUCAUUUUACUUGUGAAACUUCGUCAUCCUAACAUUGUUCAAUUCCUAGGAGCUGUAACUGAGAAAAAACCCUUAAUGUUAAUAACUGAAUAUCUGCGAGGGGGCGAUCUACAUCAGUACCUUAAAGAAAAAGGCGCUCUUAGUCCUUCAACAGCGAUAACUUUUGCUUUAGAUAUUGCAAGAGGGAUGGCAUAUCUUCAUAAUGAACCUAAUGUGAUUAUCCAUCGAGAUUUGAAGCCGAGGAAUGUUCUCCUGGUCAACUCCAAUGCGGACCAUUUAAAAGUUGGAGACUUUGGACUGAGUAAGCUCAUCAGGGUUCAACAUGCUCAUGACGUGUACAAAAUGACUGGCGAGACAGGGAGCUAUCGUUAUAUGGCUCCAGAAGUAUUUAAGCAUCGGAAGUAUGACAAAAAAGUUGAUGUUUUUUCUUUUGGCAUGAUAUUGUAUGAGAUGCUAGAGGGAGAGCCUCCCAUGGCAAGUUACGAACCAUAUGAGGCUGCUAAAUAUGUGGCUGAAGGACACAGACCUUUAAUUAGGUCUAAAGGUUUUGUUCCAGAUCUGAGACUAUUAACUGAACAAUGUUGGGCUUCUGACAUGAACCAGCGGCCUUCGUUUUUAGAGAUUAUUAAGAGACUUGAGAAAAUUAAGGACAUUCUUCCAGCAGAACACCAUUGGAACUUCUUUUCCGGAUGAUAUAACGCUUAAUUAUCGAUCUCAAAAUUCAAUGACUAGCUACUUCUCAUUCUCAUAAGUCAUACCGGAUGAUGUCUCGUCUGUUUGUUGUGCAAUCUGGCUCAUGUUAGUACCACUUCAAGCCUAUCAGUUCCCUUUCACUAUCGAAGGGGGCGACAUCGCACCUGUGUAAUUAGCUCUAAUUUUUUAACAUUAAAUAUAACGUAUAGCAUGUCAGAAAAUCUUGUUCAAACUUGCAUGAUUCCAACUACACAUCAUUUCGAUUUUUAGGCCUUGAAAAGGCUUCAGAUUAUUUUGUGGUUGGACAUGUAUAUCAUUAUUCAACCUCAAUUUAUUUUGCCCCUGUAAUUGUAAUUUCUGUAAAUUGUAAUUGUAAUAUAUUUAUUGUGUUUUUUACUCAAUCCUAUUCACUUCAUA